CUAUUAGACCGUAAACCAAACCCUAAAUUCCCCAAUCGCCGCCGCCGCCGCCGCCGCCAUGGGUCGCAAAGACACUUCGUCGUCCUCCUCCGCCGCCGGAGCCGGCAGCAAGAAGGAGAAGCCGAUGUCCGUCUCCGCCAUGCUGGCCUCCAUGGACGCGCCGGCGUCCAAGGCGAAGCCAUCCAAGGCGGCGGCGUCGAAACCCAAGCCCUCCAAGGCGCCCGCGUCGUCUUACAUGGGCGACAUCGACCUGCCCCCCUCCGACGACGAGGAGGACGACGCCGACCUUGCCGCCGUGGUCUCUAAGCCCAAGGCCCGCGCCACCGUCGACCUCAACGCCAUCGCGCCUUCGCAGAAGGACGCCAAGAAGAAGGACAAGCGCGAGGCGAUGGCGGCGGCGCAGGCGGAAGCGGCCAAGCAGGAGGCGCUCCGUGACGACCGCGACGCCUUCUCUGUCGUCAUCGGCGCUCGCGUCCCUGGAUCCUCCGGGGCCUCCGAAGGUGACGCCGCCGCCGAUGACAAUAUCAGGGAUAUCGUGCUCGAGAACUUCUCUGUUUCCGCCCGCGGGAAGGAGCUACUCAAGAACGCCUCGCUCCGGAUCUCGCACGGCCGGCGCUAUGGCCUCGUCGGGCCCAAUGGCAUGGGCAAGUCCACCCUGUUGAAACUGCUGGCGUGGCGGCAGGUCCCUGUGCCCCGGAGCAUUGAUGUCCUGCUUGUGGAGCAGGAAAUUGUUGGAGACGAUCGUUCAGCGCUCGAGGCGGUUGUUGCCGCUGAUGAAGAGCUUGCAGCGCUCCGCGCAGAGCAGGCAAAGCUCGAGUCCUCCAAUGAUGCUGAUGACAAUGACCGGCUUGCCGAGGUUUACGAGAAGCUCAAUCUCCGGGAUUCGGAUGCAGCACGGGCUCGUGCGUCCAAGAUCCUUGCUGGCCUGGGGUUUGAUCAGGCCAUGCAGGCCAGGUCCACUAAAUCAUUCAGUGGUGGCUGGAGGAUGCGGAUCUCGCUUGCUCGCGCGCUGUUCAUGCAGCCAACAUUGCUGCUGCUUGAUGAACCAACGAACCAUCUUGACCUCCGAGCUGUUCUUUGGUUAGAGCAAUACUUGUGCUCACAAUGGAAGAAGACAUUGAUUGUUGUGUCUCAUGACCGUGACUUCCUGAACACAGUUUGCAACGAGAUCAUUCAUUUGCAUGAUAAAAAUCUGCAUGUUUACCGUGGAAAUUUUGAUGACUUUGAGAGUGGGUAUGAACAAAAAAGGAAAGAGAUGAACAGGAAGUUUGAGGUGUUUGAAAAGCAGAUGAAAGCAGCGAGGAAGACUGGGAGCAAGGCAGCGCAAGAUAAGGUCAAAGGUCAGGCACUAUCAAAGGCUAAUAAGGAGGCUGCCAAGAGCAAGGGCAAGGGGAAGAAUGUAGCAAAUGAUGAUGACGACUUGAAGCCAGCUGAUCUUCCACAGAAGUGGCUUGACUACAAGGUUGAGUUCCACUUCCCAGAGCCAACUUUGCUCACACCACCAUUACUUCAGCUCAUUGACGUGGGCUUCAGCUACCCUAAUCGCCCUGACUUCAAGCUGUCUGAUGUUGAUGUUGGCAUUGACAUGGGAACACGUGUUGCGAUUGUUGGUCCCAAUGGGGCAGGAAAAUCUACUCUUCUUAAUUUACUUGCGGGUGAUCUUACCCCAACUGAAGGAGAGGUAAGGAGGAGCCAGAAGCUGAGGAUUGGGCGAUACUCACAGCAUUUUGUUGACUUGUUGACAAUGGAGGAAAAUGCAGUUCAGUAUUUGCUCAGAAUCCACCCUGACCAGGAGGGAAUGAGCAAAGCAGAGGCUGUCCGUGCGAAGCUUGGAAAAUUUGGUUUACCAGGGCACAACCAUCUCACUCCAAUUGUUAAAUUAUCUGGUGGUCAGAAAGCCCGUGUUGUGUUCACUUCAAUAUCAAUGUCACAUCCUCAUAUCCUCCUGCUGGAUGAGCCAACAAAUCACCUAGAUAUGCAAAGUAUUGAUGCACUGGCAGAUGCGCUGGAAGAAUUCACUGGUGGUGUGGUCUUGGUUAGCCAUGACUCGAGAUUGAUCUCUAGAGUGUGUGAUGACGAGCAGAAGAGCGAGAUAUGGGUUGUGGAAGAUGGCACUGUGAACAAAUUCAAUGGAACAUUUGAGGACUACAAGGAUGAACUGUUGGAAGAAAUCAAAAAGGAAGUUGAAGAGUAAUGCUUUUUUAUGUGAAUUGUAAGAUGCUUAAUUAUUCUUUAUAUACACUGGGCUGGUAAACUUAAUGUAUUAGUAGUUCUUUUUUCCUUUGGUUGGCAGAGUAUUUGUAUGGUGGGAGUCUGAAACACCUAUUAAGAGAAGCACUUUUGGCACUUUUGCUUUUUGUAUGUUCUAAUAGUUUCCAGGAUGAGUCUGAUAAA